ACUCGGGUCCUGUUGAGCAGCCCGUGCGAGGCUGUCCUGGAGACCCCGCGCCGCCUGCACCUCUAACGUCUCGGUUGUCAUGGAUGAUGAAGAUGGCAGGUGCCUUCUAGAUGUAAUUUGUGACCCAGAAGCUCUAAAUGACUUUCUUCAUGGAUCUGAGACCCAUUUGGACACUGACGACCUUUUGGAUGGUACGAGUGACCCCUCCAGCUCGUUCUUCUCUACCACUGGGGGCCAUGUUUCAGAGGUCCAGCCUGCGGUCCAGCUGCCUGCCAGCGAGUCGGCGGGCCUGCCCAGAGUCAGCGUGGACUUGGACUUCCUGGAGGAUGACGACAUCUUGGGUGGGUCGCCCGGUGGAGAGGGCGGCAGCAAUGGCAUCGGGUCGAACCACGAGCCGUGCGACAUCCUGCAGCAGAGUCUGGCCGAGGCCAACAUUACAGAGCAGAGCCUGCAGGAAGCCGGGACUGAGCUGGACCUGGUGUCCUUCGGAAUCCCGGGCCUUACCCAAGUGGUCCAAAGCCUGCCUGACGCCGGUCUCUCCGCAGCUGGAGGUGCCGCCGUUGGGGUAGGGAUCGGCGUUGGUGGCGCGGCGGCACUCUUCCCCGGGUCGGCCCAGAGCACCGCGGGGAAUCCUUCCAACGCCACGACGGACAUGCUGGGGUCCGUGCUCGCCCAGCAGAGCCUGCAGCUCCAGUCGCAGGUUAUGAACAAGGCCAUCAGCGUUCAGCCUUUCAUGCAGCAAGUCGGCCUCGGCAAUGUGACGCUUCAGCCCAUUUCCAGUCUUCAGGCUCUUUCUAACGGGAGUCAGUCGGGACCUUUGGGUAUCGGACAGAUUCAGGUUGUGGGCCAGCCCACUGUCAUGACCAUCAACCAGUCGGGGCAGCCAAUCCUGGCCAAAGCCAUGGGUGGAUACCAGCUGCAGCAGUCGGGACCAGAGGUGUCAGCUGCCAGCUCUCAGGCCGGCAUCGGCGGCUCGGCGGGUGGACUUCUGAUACAAGGUAACAAAGCCACUGUUGGCUCUCCAGCUUUAAACGGACCGUCUGUUUCUGUCAGUAGCACAAACAGCAUCAGUGCUGCCACAAUGGCCGCUCCCGCUGGGCUGGUGGGCUUCGGAAGCGCCCCCAUGAACACGGGAGUGGUGCCUCAGACGCAAACGCAAGGCCAGAUCAUGCAGAACGUGAUCAUCCAACGCACACCAACACCCAUUCAGCCGAAACCCCCACAGGGGGGAGCCAUUCACUCUAAACUCUUCAAACCACAACAACAACAACAGCAACAGCAGCAGCAGCAGCAGCAGCAGACGGCACCCCAGGCCCAGCAGAACGAGACUCAUAAGGCUCUUGGGCUGCAGCAAAUUCCAGUUUCUGCCGCCCAGAAUGUCGCCUUCCUAACAGGAAAGCCAGGCUCCAACGUUGUCUUAAGUACUCAGGCCACGACACAAGGCCCUCAGUUCCAACAGGCACUGUUCAAGCAACAAGCAGCGCAGCCGUCCGGCAAGCCGCUCAGUGUGCAUCUGUUAAACCAACAAGGCAGCAUCGUUAUUCCCUCGCAGACGGUCCUCCAGGGCCAGAACCACCAGUUCCUGCUGCCUCAGCUGCAGGCCGGCGGGCAGAUCCUGACCCAACACCCGGGCGGCCACAUCAUAACGAGCCAGGGUCCCGGCGGGCAGCUCAUCGCAAACCAGAUCCUGACGGCGAACCAGAACAUCAACUUGGGCCAGAUGCUGACGUCGCAGGGCCACCCGGGCGCCGCCCACAUCCUCUCGGGACACAUUCAGCUCCAGCCCGGUCAGAUGGGCACGCCGACGCUGUUCCAGAUGCCGGUCGCCUCUUUGGCGCAGAGUCAGAAUCCCACGCAGACCCCGGCGGCCUCCGGCCACGCCCAGACCGUGAUCCAGGGCAUGCCCAUCCAGAACUCCCUGACCAUGGUGAGUCAGGUGGAGGGACUGAGCCCCGCCAUCAGCCUUCAGACCGCCCUGCAGGCGCAGCCAGGCGGAGUCGCCAGCGGCGCGGGGGUAGCUACCGUCUCUCAAGGCCAGACCGGGGAAGCUGUCACUGUGCUGGGCAGCGCCACAGAGCAAGCUGCUCAUCCCGGCCCUCAACUUCUGCCCCAGUCCUCCAUACUGGCCGUGCAGCCGGCGCCGUCGGUGUCCGCCGCUUCCGUGGUGGCGUCCUCCUCUCCGUCCAUGUCCGUGUCGACCUCCUCGUCUGUGACAGCCGUGGGGCUGGUCCCCCCUCAGGCUCAGAGCAGUCCAGGGAGGUUGCUGUUCACCAACCAGGGUUCCAGCAUGAUCCUGAGCCAGGAGUCUCUGCAGAUGUUCCUCCAACAGGAGCAGCACCACCAAACAGAGAAUGAGUCUACCCCCUCAGUGGGCGUCCCAGCGUCUGUAAUCGUCAGCAGCAACAGCAUCACCGCUGCGGCCCCCGCUGUCCAUGACAGCCACUUAACUGACUCCUGGGUGGGUCAGAGCCACAGCCCUUCCCCUGGCCCCUCCCACACGGCAGCAGUGGUAAAGGUACCCUCAGGUGGACCUCAGCAGGCUCUGAAGAUCCAGGGCAUGUCCUCGUCCCCGGCCCUGACCUCUCACGCCACAACGCCUCCGGUGGCAGUAAGUCCGCAGCCUUCCCAGUCCCCCCUGACUCUGAGCCAGCAGAUCCAGUCCCCCCACCAUCAACAGCCCCAGCAGUCGCGCCCCUCCUCUCAGCCUCAGCCCCAGUCUCAAACUCCCUCGCGCUCGUGCACGCCGUCGUCUCACACCAAGCUCUUUAUCGUCCACAACCAAGUCACAGAAUCUCCCAAACCUGCUCCACAGGGUCCCGUGCAGCAAACUCCACCCCAGCAGGUGCACAUUCAAGUUCAGCAUCAGCCUCUGCCUCGACCGGCCUCGCAGCCCGCUCCCUAUCAGCAAGAGAUGCCUCCGAUGUCGCAAUCCCCCAAGCCUCCCCCUGCAGCGCCCGCACAGCACCAGUUUGCCGCACCUCCCGUUAGCGCCUGUGGCACGGCUGUGGUGAAAACCCAGGUUCCCAUCCAGGGCCUCACAGCGGGGCAGCAGCAUCACCUGCAAGUAGUAGGAGCACAAAUUCAGACUCUGUCAUCCAUCACUCAGCCGUCACCUCAGCAUAAACAGCUGCUGGAGAAGCUGCAGCAGGCCCAGCAUAGCCUCAUGCUACAGGCGAAGCCUCAACCUCAAGCCACGAGUCAGUUCAAUUCACAGCAAGACGUGCCUGUUGACAAAGUGGUGAUCGCAUCAUCAGCGAGCUCUGAAGCACCUGCCCAGCUUCCCACGAUGCUGCAGGCGACCUCGGUGCUCGUCAAAACCACCGCCACAGGAUCAAGUGACUUACCGGUAUUCUCAGGAGCCCAAGGGCAAACUGGAGCAAUGGUUAAUCAGACUGUCACUCCUGUCAGCCUUACCCAGCCUGUACAGGUCCAGCCAAAGCCAGGAGUGAUCAGCUCAGUGGGAGGGAUGACUCUAGGGAAAGGUGCGAUGAAGAUCCAGGUGUUGGGACCUACUCUCAGUCAGAUGCCUGUUCCGCAGCCCCAGGCUCCUGUUCAAACUCAGCUCGCCACGCAGACGCCGACAGUAAAAAUGCCUUUAAGCACUGAGCCCAGUAAGGAAGCCAGGAUGCUGGAGCAGCUAAGAAAACACCAGGGUUCAGUGCUUCACCCCAACUACAGUGCUCCUUUCCACUCGUUUGAGGACACUCUGCACAGACUGCUGCCUUACCAUCUCUACCAGGGAACUGCCAACUCCUCUCAAGAUUAUCAAAGAGUGGAUGAUGAAUUUGAGAAGGUCUCUUGCCAGCUGCUGAAACGGACCCAGGCCAUGCUGGAUAAAUAUCGUCACCUGCUCUUCACCGAGUCGAAACAGAGACUGGGCCCCUCGGCAGAGAUGGUGAUGAUCGACCGGAUGUUCAUACAGGAGGAGAAGGUCGCUUUGAAUCAGGACCGGAUUUUGGCCAAGGAGAGACCAGAGGAGUUUGCAGCCACUGUGCGGAUGUUGGAGAGUGGCGUUUCAUCCCAGCAGAGCUCUGCAGCCCCUGAGCUCCCGUCAGCGAGUCCGGCUUCAUCCACGGCCGCUCCUGCUCCUCCUCUACCUCCUGCUCCUGCUCCUCUUCUACCUCCUGCUCCUGCUCCUCUUCUCAAGAUCGCACCCAUCCCCCCUGCUGCUGCUGCUGCUGCAGCCGCUCCUCCUCCAAUUCCAGCUCCUGCUCCAGUGUCCGCUCCGUCUCCUACGCCGCCUCCUCCCCCUCCUUCCCAUUCACCUUUCCCUCCUACCAAACUGGUGAUAAAGCACGGAGGAGGCGGAGCGUCUGUGUCCUGGUCCACCAGCUGUCCUCCGGCGCCGGCGGCCGAGCCCGUCGCCCAGAGCUCCGCCGUCGGCCGCGCUCCGGCAGCGUCGUCCUCGUUCGGCUCAAACUCCCAGGAAGGCGGCGGCGACGACGACGACGCUCUCCCGCAGCGAACCAGCAAACCGCCCAUCAAGACCUACGAGGCUCGCAGCAGGAUCGGCCUGAAGCUGAAGAUCAAGCAGGAUCAGACGGGUUUCAGCAAGGUGGUGCACAACACCGCGCUGGACCCCGUGCACACGCCCCAGCCUCGGCUGAGCAGCCGCUCCACCCCCGAGCCGCAGCCUCAGCCGGAAGCCGCCGCGCCGCACUCAAAGUCCCACCGUUUACCCACGCCGCCCAGCACCGUCAUCAGAACUCAGUCCCCGACAUGCACAGCUACCGGCUUCUCGGCCUCUGCCACAACCACUCAGAGCAACCCUUCGCUGAGAGGAAAUGUCCCGCCGUCAUGUUCCUCCUCUUCCUCCUCCUCCUCCUCCUCCUCGCUGACGCAGAUGAACGGCACGUUGGACCACCGCGCCAACAAACACAACCCCGCCCCCUCACAGACCACCUGCCGCCUGCCCCUCAGAAAAACCUACAGAGAGAACAUCAGCCCCCGGGUGAGGCCGGGUGUCCCGGGAGGCUUAGACGAAGGUUUCUCCUGCCCCAGAGCCACGCCGUCGCCCCCCAGGCACGAGGCCUCCACCCCCCCCUCGGAACGGACAGUCAUAGCGAGUGUGAGGGUGGAGAAACGAGACAGGGAGGCCUUACAGACGGAUUCGGGUCACGAGAGCGGGCAUCUGGGGAACGCGGUGCCGGGGCUGGACAAAAUGGACGAGGUGUUUAACCGAGGGGUCAAAGCCACGCAGCACCACCACCUCUCCCUCCUCCUGGACCGCGAGGGGGCGAAGGAGAGGGAGGGGGAGCGCACGGACCAAGAGACCGAUGUAAGUAAGUACAAAAGGUUCAGCGGCAAAAACAAACACAGGACUGGCGGGACGUUCAGAAUGGACCAGCAUGCGCCCGGACCUCCGUCUCCGGAGUCCUCCUUCACGCGGGACUCUCUGCUCCCUGCCAAGCGCUGCAAGUCAGACUCGCCGGACAUGGACAACGCCAGCUUCUCCAGCGGCAGCCCGCCGGACGACUCGCUGAACGAGCACCUGCAGUGCGCCAUCGACAGCAUCCUGAACCUGCAGCAGGAGCCCGCCGUCCGGGGCCACCACAUCAAGGGAGGCGGCGGCGGCGGCGGCGGGAGGACCCACCAACACCAAAGUCAGCGCCCCGGAGACUCCUCGCACAGACCCGCGGUCCCGGCUCCCCCGUCCGCCUCUUCGUCCUCCUCGUUGGCGCCGCACCCUCAGGUCGGUGGGCGGGGCCACAAUGGCAGCCUGGUCCCCCAGACUCAGAGCAGAUAACAGCCCCUCAAUCCCAGGCUGGACGGUGCAACAAGAGGGAGUAGUACAGCUACUCCCCCACGCUGUGUUGGCUUUGUUUGUCCAUUUGAAUUGUCCAAACAUUUCUCCACCUUUUCACAGCCUCAGCUCAGCUCAGCUCAGCCGCCCCCCCGAUGGAUUAAAUGUGGUUAAAAGUAAAACAGUGAACUUGCAGACCUGACCAUGCCUGCUCUUUUAUGCGUUCUUUUAAUCCUCUUUUCCUCCUCUUUGUGUUUACAUUCCUUUUUAACGCGUCCCCGGGAGCCGAGUCGGUCCGCAAGUGGUCAAAAAACGGUGCCCCCUUUCGCCAGUAGUUAUGCUUUAACGUGUUCCCGGCACCUUGCACACCCGACUCCUGUCACAGAUGCAAACAGCACAUUUUAACUGGAGCGCUCAGUUACUUUGGCUGCUUUUGCUGGCAGUACAGAUCAGGUCAGGCCCAUUUACCCACAUAUAAAUGAGGAAAAUGAUUUGAAAAAACAUGUUUUCAUUGUCGGGUCGCUCUCUAAUGCUGUAAUACCAAGAUGUCAGAAUGUAAGUGACUUUUUUUUCCCCACCACUUAAUGUCAAAUUUUACCAGGUUUCUGUUGGGUCUUGUUGCUCAUGAGGGCAAAUUAUACGUUUCAGUCAACAGGGGGCAGAUCGGUUUUAACUGACUUUUCUCAUUCUUUCAGCUUUCUCUCUCAGCUCUGUUUUUUUUUUUUAUUCUUUUUUUUUUUUUAAGGCCUGGUGGACAAUUCAAAAACAAACACAGCACAAGCAUUGAAAUGGAAUAAAAAAAAAAAAAAAAAGGAACAAUAAUAGUGUACAAAAAGACCGGAAGAGAAUUUGAAGUAUAGUAUUACAGAUUAAUUUUUGUAUUGUAUUUAUUGUGUAUAAUGACACUUUUUAAAAAGAAAUGUACAUUUAGUAAAACUGUAAAUUAAACCUCGCUUCUUUUAUGAAUCA